UGCCAGACCGUACCAAAAAGUACGGUUUUCCGUACUAUUCAUCACACAACCGUACCACUAUCGUACCUCAGUGCAGACCGUACCUUUUUCGUACCUUUUCCAUAUUAGUAGUUUAUUUUUCACUACAACCUACAAAGGGUAAAAAACAAUAAAAAAUCGCCUUUUUAUGUUUUGCUCAACAUUCUGAAUUUGUGUUCAAAAAACUUUUUUCUUCCAAACAAAUAAGACUUAGCUGUUUGGAUUACAUUCAUUGCCUUUCUUACUAAGAAACGAUGAACUUAAAAAAAAAACAAAAUAUAGUCUGCGGUCUGCAGGACUCGAAAGAAUUGGCGGGACUAUCACCAAAUGUCAAAUAGUCAAUCUGAAACCGAGAUCGAACUAAAUAUUUAAAGAUAACUUAUUUUCACAAGUAUGAUUAGAAUUUGGUUUUAAUAUAAAGUACUGUGUUCUGUUGUUCGGAUAAUCACAUAACUGAUUGAGAAAACAAUACGAAUCUCGAGACGGAAGAAAAGUUAAGUCAAGAAUCCCGACCCAACCGUACCUUGAAGUUGAAAACCGUACUUUUUCAGAAAGUCAACAGUCCUUUUUUGGGAAAUCAUACUGGCAACACUGAGUGAAAGCUACACGCAUUUUAGAAAAGAAAAUUAUUUGUUUUAUUUAAUUAUCGUUACUUAUUAUAUAUUAAAAAGUAAUUUUGAAAGAUAGCUGUGGAUUCUACUGCAAAAAACAAGUGGAAUAAAUCCAUUUCUGACCUCAAAAUAGGUUAGUAUUACUAUGUUGCUUGACCAUAUAUUUUCCAUCUAUAAUUUAUGAUUUUUCGUGGUUGCCGCGCGGUUUCAUUUAUGAUGAAGACAAUCAAGGAAGUUUCCCUGGCCCCUGUUGAAGUGCGAGGCAUGAAACUAUUAGAUCGCGAAAAAUUCUUGCGUAAUGUUGCAGUGCCAAUUCUCAAGGUAACUGAGGAGAAUCUGUCUAAAGUAACACAAUGCUGCAGACCUUUCUUCCUAAAAUUAGAAAAUUUCAAGCCUGUACAAGAUAUAGUCAAUGAAACAUAUAAAAAAUGCAUUCAUCUGAACCCAGAAAAGAUUUCAAAUUGGACAGAUAUCACUGAUGAUGUUCGUACUUCUUUAAGUAAACAUGGAGUUGAUGAAAAUAACUUCAGCAUUAAGGAAGUUCAACUUUGUUAUGAAAACUGGCGGUACGAGACUAUUUUCAAAGCCGUUUUACCAGAAAACGAGGAAGGAGUAAGUGGUUUCUCACAAAUAGGUCAUAUCAUACAUUUGAACCUACGUGAUCAUCUUUUAGACUAUCGUCUACUCAUCGGUCAAGUGUUACUAGACAAAGUGAAGACUUGCCGCACUGUUGUCAACAAAAGUAAUGUUAUAGACAAUACAUAUAGGAACUUUAGUAUGGAAGUUUUGGCAGGAGAGGAAGACUUUAUAGUGACAGUAAAAGAAAACCGAUGUAACUUCAAAUUCGACUUUUCAAAAGUGUACUGGAACCCACGUUUGUGUAAAGAGCAUGAGAGAAUUUUGAGUUAUCUAGAAAAAGGAGACACAUUGUUUGAUGUUUUUGCUGGAGUUGGCCCGUUCUCUAUUCCGGCAGCAAAGAGGAACUGCACUGUUUUUGCCAAUGAUCUAAACCCUGAUUCUUACAAUUGGUUGAAUCAUAAUGCGAAAUACAACAAAGUUGACAUGUUUCGUUUUAAAUCGUACAAUCUAGAUGGCAAAGACUUUAUUCAUACUAUAUUUAAGGAGCAUAUUAUUGCAUCUUGUUCCAGUGAAGAUAAGAGAUCAAAAAUACAUGUGACAAUGAAUCUACCAGCCUUAGCGAUGGACUUUGUAAAAUAUUUCAAAGGGUUAAUAGAUGAUGUGAAUUUAUUUUCAAAGUUUGAUAUUGAAAUAAUAGUUUACGUGUAUUGUUUUGUGAUUGAAGGUGAAAAUGCAGUGACAAUAUUAAAUAACAGUAUGGGAUGUGAUAUGACAGAUUAUGUUGUUGAAGUUUUUGAUGUCCGAAAUGUUUCUCCUAAGAAGGAAAUGAUGCGAGUUACUUUUAAGUUGACAAAAGAUGUGUUGUUUGAUGUAAAGGACAGUGUAAAUGAACCCCCAGCAAAAAAGCUAUGUGUUGAACCAGAAAAGACGGAAAUGUGUGUUACUAAAAACUAAAAAAAUUGUUAAGUUUGUAUAUUUUCUAUAUCUUAUAUUAAGAAAUUGCCUUAGUUUUCUUUUUUACCUUAUGAUAAACUGUGAAAUUGUUCUUCGCAAUAUUUUUUCCUGUCAUAUUUUGAACUGAAAUGUUAGAUAAGGUGUCGUAACAUAAGUACAAAGGUUGUAUAUAUAAAAUACAUAAUUGUAAUAAAGAGUUGAACUUUGUACUCAAUAAUUGUAAUUUUAUUGUAACCUUGACCAUGUUAACUAUUUAACAACUAAGCCAGCACAACUAAAUACACACUUAUCAGGCCAUGUUAUCACCUUUGCACACUUGUAACUCAACCACACUCGAUCGGAAGUAAAUAACUCGAAUUUGUCUCAAAGAUAUUGAACUUGCUCUAUAUACGUAUGAUAAUUGCCUUAGUUAAUAAAAAUUAUGCUUCUCAUAAAAUAAAAAAUAACAUAUAUGUAAGUGUAUAUACGACAUCAGGGUGUCCACAUUCUGGAAAGUCAGGGAAAGUCAGGGAAAUGUCAGGGAAGCUUAAGGUGGUCAGGGAAAGUCAGUGAAAUUGAGGGGAAAGGAGAGAAAGUCAGGGAUAGUCAGGGAAAAUUGAGAUUUUUUCCCAGUGAUUGUAAAAUGAGGGAUUUUUUUCCCAGUGAUUGUAAUGUUUAUAAAGCAUCAAUCUGAAGUGGCCAAUAAGCGUGUGGAUGUCGUGUUGGAAACUUUGCACGAAUCCGACAAGAUAAAAGGGUUUGUCGCUGACAGUGCCAAAAGGCAAUAUCAAAAACUAAUUUCCGAAGCACAAAAUACCUGGAGCCAAAAAUUUGAAGAUUUUGAUUAUGAUAAAAUCGGUGUUGAUGAGUUCUACCAUUCACUUAUUGGAGGUGAUAAACAAUACGUAGACAUAUGGAGCGUUAUGAAAAUCUGUUUCAUCCUCUCCCACGGAAACGCGAGUGUGGAGGGCGGGUUUUCUAUUAACAAAUCUCUCUUGGUGGAAAAUUUACUGGAAGAUUCACUUAUAUCGCAAAGAAUUAUAUAUGACGCCUUGAAAAAUAUCGGUGGUCCUCAAAAUUUCGCUGUUACAAAAUCUUUGAUCACUUCAGUUCGAAAGUCACGAAGAAGAUAUCAGGAAAACUUGGAUAAAAAAAAAGAAAAAAUGUCAGAUGAACAAAAGAAAAUCAAGGAAAAAAGGAAAAUUGAUGAACAGCUAAGAGAAGUAGAAGAGAAAAAGAAAAAAUUGGAAUUACAGAAGGAAAAAGAACUCGUGGAAUUACAGACGUUAAAAAGGGCUUUACAAAUGAAGAAAAGGAAUAUGUGAUUAAUAAUGAUACCUUCCUACUUAUCAAUUUCAUUUUUCAAAGAUUAUAAUAAGCAUAAAAUAUUUAAUUUAGGCAUAACUUGGCAAUAAUUAUAACUUGAUAAUAAUUUAGUACCUACCUAUAUCAGCAGAUAUUUAAUUUUGUUUUAUAAUUAUAUGUGGAGGUUAGAAUUUUUUUGUUCAUUUAAGUUCGAAGUUUAAUUUUACUAGGUACUGAAACUGUUGAUUUUGGUUUAAGUCUUAUAAUUUUACUACAGAAACUGUUGAUUUUGGUUUAAGUCUUAUAAUUUUACUACAGAAACUGUUGAUUUUGGUUUAAGUCUUAUAAUUUUACUACUGAAACUGUUGAUUUUGGUUUAAGUCUUAUAAUUUUACUACAGAAACUGUUGAUUUUGGUUUAAGUCUUAUAAUUUUACUACAGAAACUGUUGAUUUUGGUUUAAGUCUUAUAAUUUUACUACUGAAACUGUUGAUUUUGGUUUAAGUCUUAUAAUUUUACUACAGAAACUGUUGAUUUUGGUUUAAGUCUUAUAAUUUUACUACUGAAACUGUUGAUUUUGGUUUAAGUCUUAUAAUUUUACUACAGAAACUGUUGAUUUUGGUUUAAGUCUUAUAAUUUUACUACUGAAACUGUUGAUUUUGGUUUAAGUAUUAUAAUUUUACUACUGAAACUGUUGAUUUUGUUUUAAGUCUUAUGCAGUUUAUGCAAUGUCUUAUGUUAUAAAAUUGUUAAUAAGAAAGAGUUCCUAAGUGAUAAAUACCGAUCUCAAUAUAUUUGCUAUAUAAAAUAAAAGAAAUUAAAAUAUUACCUGUAUGCAGUUUUACUCAACUUAUAAACUACUUUACAAAUAAAACAUACCUACUUGAAUGAUUAGGCCGUGUUCAAACCAAACUAACUGUAAGCCGCCGAAUGUGAGCAGGCUUACUAUGAGUCCCAGUGUACUAAAGAACAUGUAAUAACGUAUUGUCGGUUAUAUGUAAACGAAAAACUGAAUAUGUAUGGAAAUAAAAGGAGUUACAGUCAGUUUGGUUUGAACACGGCCUAAAUUUGGUCAGGGAAAUUUAAAAAAAUGGUCAGGGAAAGUCAGGGAAAAGUCAGGGAAUUAUUUUGAACAUUAGCUGUGGACAC